CCCCCCGGUGUCGCCCCCCGUGUCCCCCCCAUGGAGAACUUCCAGAAGGUGGAGAAGAUCGGGGAGGGCACCUACGGCGUGGUCUACAAGGCCCGCAACAAGGUCACCGGAGAGGUGGUGGCACUCAAGAAGAUCCGCCUGGACACGGAGACCGAGGGUGUCCCCAGCACGGCCAUCAGGGAGAUCUCCCUGCUCAAGGAGCUCAACCACCCCAACAUCGUCAAGCUCCUGGAUGUCAUCCACACGGAGAACAAGCUGUACCUGGUGUUCGAGUUCCUGCACCAGGACCUCAAGAAGUUCAUGGACUCCUCGUCCCUCAGCGGGAUCGCGCUGCCCCUCAUCAAGAGUUACCUGUUCCAGCUGCUGCAGGGGCUGGCGUUCUGCCACGCUCACCGGGUGCUGCACCGCGACCUCAAGCCCCAGAACCUGCUCAUCAACGCCGAGGGCUCCAUCAAACUGGCCGAUUUCGGGCUGGCGCGCGCCUUCGGGGUGCCCGUGCGGACCUACACGCACGAGGUGGUGACACUGUGGUACCGCGCCCCCGAGAUCCUGCUGGGGUGCAAAUACUACAGCACAGCUGUGGACAUCUGGAGCCUGGGCUGUAUCUUCGCCGAGAUGGUGGGCGGCACUUGGGGACACUGGGGA